AUGCCUAUUCUCUAUACUUCUCCAACUAUGACCAAGUGGUUUUCUGGUAUGAUGGGAGCAACAAUAAGGUGUAAGGAAGCUUUUUCUUUGUGGGUUUUGGCUGGCAAUGGCGGUUAUGCAGUUGGGCUAUUCAUAAAAGCUAUUGAGAGAGUUAUUUUUGCUGAAUUUACUUGCAUUCUUGCACUAGGAGGGUCCAUAAUGGGAAUAAUUGCAGGAGCCAUCAAAGGCCAGACCACAGAAGGUGGUUUUCUUGAUGGGGCUGGCAAAGGAGCUGUCACAGGGGCCAUUGCAGCACUAGAAUUGCUAAACUUUGCUACUGUUGAUGAGCCACUGUCCAAGGUUGCCCUGUUGAGGAGUUUAUUAAAUGGGAAGCUAUUUAUGGAAUGGAUAUGUCCAGCUGUUGCACAAGCCUAUGAGUGUCAUAUUAACACACAGGAAAGAACUUACAUAGAAGUAUCAGAUACUUAUGACGUUAGGGGAGUCAGAGUCACAGCGAUGCCCCAGAAUUUUAUUCAAAAGCUUCCUGUUCAGAAAUUCAACUAUAGCAAAAUGUUGAAAUUAUACCAUGAAUCAUGCUGCUCAAUUUGCUUCCAGGAUUUUGAGGAUGGAGAAUUUGUCAGGAUACUCCCAAAAUGUGGCCACUUCUUUCACUUGGACUGCAUAGAUAAAUGGCUAGUCCAACAAGGAUCAUGCCCCAUGUGUAGAACUUAUGUUCCACAUUUAUGA